AGAUCAUUUAGUGAUCCUGAUUUCCUAAGCUGACUUUCAACUUCACUUUGGGGCAAGUCUUUCCCUGCAGUAAGGACAGUUCUUAACAGAGACUGGUGGUGCUGUACUUCUCUGCCUCCAAGAAAGAUCCAAACCAUGGGACUAUCAGCAAGAAUUAUCUGGCUUAUGUUAUGGACUGUUUGUGUAGCACAAGGUCAACAUUGUGAUUUUCCACAAAUCAAAAAUGGAGGUCUAUAUGAGAAAAAGGAACAAAAACCCGACCUCCCAGUAGCUACAGAAAAGUCAUUUGAAUAUUACUGCAACAGAGGAUUUUUGCCUCCUUCAAGGACAUACUGGGACAGAAUUCACUGCACUGCACGAGGGUGGGAGCCAGCAGUCCCAUGCCGCAGGCUAUGUGGCAUCUAUCAUAUAGAGAAUGGGGAAAUUCUACAACAGAAAGGAAACUACAUACAAGACGAGUCUGUAAGUGUCGAGUGUUGCCCUGGCUACAGUCUUCCAAAUGAUCAGGACACUAUUACAUGUACAGAGAAUGGCUGGUCUCCUGAACCCAAAUGCAUCCGUGUCAGUGGAAUUAUGAGUGAUUUAAAUACCUAUUUUAGAGACGCUUCAAACAAGAUAUUUCGUAUCUUCGAAUCUUCUGGCUUCAGCAAUGUGAAUGAUUUUGAUUUCAAGUCUUCAUGUAUAAAAAAAUGUUUAAAGUCAAAUAUAGAAAUUCAGAAUGGAUUUCUUUCUGAAUCUGAUCUUACAUAUGACAUAAAUAGAAAAACACAGUUUAGGUGCAAACAGGGGUAUGUAACAGCAAAUGGAGAGACAUCAGGAACGGUUACGUGCCUCCAAAAUGGAUGGUCAGCUCAACCCGCAUGCUUUAAGUUUUGUGAUAGACCUGUAUUUGAGAAUGCUGGGACUAAAAAUAAUAGCAUAUGGUUUAAGCUCAAUGACAAAUUAGACUAUGAAUGCCAUGUUGGAUAUGAAAACAGACAUAAAGAUACCAAAGGCUCCAUAAUAUGUAAUUAUGACGGAUGGUCUGAUAGGCCCUCAUGUUUUGAAAAAGAAUGCAGCAUUCCAUUUCUAGACCAGUACUUGCUCAUCAGUCCCAUUAAAGACAAAUAUAAAGUUGGAGAUUUGUUGAAAUUUUCUUGCCGACAAGGACAUAGAGUUGGACCAGAUUCAGUUCAAUGCUACUCUUUUGGAUGGUCACCUAGUUUCCCGACAUGUAAAGGUAAAGUGAGAUCAUGUGAUCACCCUCCUGACCUCUUCAAUGGGAAACUUAGGGGAACAAAGAAAGAAAAAUACAGCCAUGGUGAAGUGGUGGAAUAUGAUUGCAAGCCUAGAUUUCUACUGAAGGGACCCAACAAAAUCCAGUGCAUUGACGGGAAGUGGACAACCUUGCCAAAGUGUAUUGCAACAGAUCAACUGGGAUAUUGUAAGACACCAACAUUAGCUGAUAUGAAAGCAAUUCAUGCAAAAAAGAUUGGAUUUAAUCAAAAUUUUAUCUUGAUUUACAAAUGUAGAGGAAUACAAAAUUAUAAAUUUUCAAUCUGCUUGAAUGGAGUUUGGAUUUAUGAACCAACCUGUACAGAGAAAGAAUCCUGCCCUCCUCCACCACAGAUUCCAAAUGCUCAAAUAAUGGAAACCACAGUAAAAUACUUGGAUGGAGAAAAAGUAUCUGUUCUUUGUCAAGAUAAUUACAUAUUACAGAACACAGAAGAGAUGGUGUGCAAAGAUGGAAGAUGGCAGUCAUUACCACGCUGCGUUGCAAAAAUUCCAUGUUCUCAACCCCCCAAAAUAGACCAUGGAUCUAUUAAAUUGCCCAAGUCAUCAGAAGAAAGGAGAGACACAGCUGAGUCCAGAAGUUAUGAACAUGGCACUACACUCAGCUAUGCUUGUGAUGAUGGUUUUAGGAUGGCUGAGGAGCACGGGGUAACCUGUCACAUGGGAAAGUGGAGUGCUCCACCUCAUUGUGUCGGGCUUCCUUGUGGACCUCCACCUUCAAUCCAUCAUGGUAUUGUGUCUCAUGGACUAGACAGUUACCAACAUGGAGAAGAGGUGACAUACAGUUGUUCUGAAGGUUUUGGAAUUAAUGGACCAGCAUUUAUUAAAUGUGUAGGAGGAAAGUGGCCCCAGCCACCAGAUUGCAAAAAGAAAGGUUUAUUUUCAUUAUUUAGCUAAUAGAUUACCUAAUUCAACCUAUCUGUGGCACAAACAAGAUAGUAAGGCAUAAUUCUAGCAUAUCAGGUUGUGCUAGAUGCAUGCAUUCAAACACAGUACUGGUAAAACGUAGUUUGAUCUUUGAGCCCAAUUAUCUGUUUACACGCCAUGUAUCCUGAGCUAUCAGCAUUAUCAGACACCCAGUUUAAAAGGUUCAUCACUAUACUGAUAGUUUUAGCAGCAAUGCUAUUAUAACUAUAUAUACUCACUAACAUUUUGAAGUAAUAACUAAAGUUAAUUUAUUUUUAAUGAAAAUAAGUAGUAGGAAUAUAUUAUACUUCCAUACGAGAGAAAGAAAGUUAAAGCAAAUAUGGAAAUAUCUCAAGAAUUGUAACCAUUAAUAUUCUGUGUAAUUCCUAUUUUAUUUAUUUUCAUAACUCUGGAAAAAUUAAUGUAAAUAAAUCAAAUGAGAAAACUGCA